GGUCGCACAUGUGAUCCUGAAGGGAAUUUCCUUCCUCCAGGAGCUCCACCCCCACCACUUACAGAAAAAUCACCCAAUGAUUGGACUCCCUACCGUGAUCGGUUAGAAUUCGAGCUUGCUGACUAUAUUUUCUCCAAGAAUCAGACACCCGCAACACAGAUUGACCACCUUCUGGAUAUGUGGGCGGCAUCGCUAAUCCGAGCCGGCGCUGACACAUCAGAAGUAUUAUUCGCAGACCAUCGCGAUGUUUACAAGACGAUUGACAACACGCCUUUGGGCGAUGUCAAAUGGCAGUCGUUCUCCAUCAAAUAUACGGGAGAGCAUCCAGAUGACGGCCCUGCACCCUGGAUGACAGACAGCUAUGAUGUCUGGUUUCGUGAACCUCACGACAUCGUUCGAAACAUGCUCGCCAACCCUGACUACGCCGCAGAAAUUGAUCUUCGACCUUACCGCGAAUUUGCAACAGAGACAGACGAGCACCAGUGGCAAGACUUCAUGUCUGGCGACUGGGCGUGGAAUCACGCAGAUCAAAUUGCUGAGGAUCCAGACACACAUGGCUCGACAUUCAUUCCUGUCAUCCUUGGCAGCGACAAAACCACGGUGUCGGUUGCAACCGGGCAGAACGAUUAUUAUCCACUAUAUGCAUCCAUAGGAAAUGUCCGCAAUAAUGUAUGUCGCGCUCACCGCAAUGCAGUCGCCGUUGUUGGAUUUCUAGCAAUGCCGAAGACGACUAAACAGCACGCAAAGACUGCGAUAUUCCGCAAAUUCCAUCGACAACUAUUUCAUUCCUCCCUUUCAUUCAUUCUGAAGAACCUGAAGCCCGCAAUGACCAAGCCCGAAGUCGUACGCUUUGGCGAUGGCCAUUAUCAUCGCGUUAUCUACGGACUUGGCCCUUACAUUGCAGACUAUGAAGAACAAGUUUUGCUCGCGUGUAUAGUCCGAUUUUGGUGUGCAAAAUGUACUUCGAAUAACAAGACCCUCGACAACGACAAUCUCCUGCGCUCAAGAUUUCAUACCGACACGCUAAUUGAAGAGUGUGACCAUGGGAUGUUAUGGUUCGAGUAUGGAAUUGUCGCUCAACUUGUGCCGUUUACAAACGACUUUCCGCGAGCCGACAUACAUGAGCUCAUUGCCCCAGAUCUCCUCCACCAGAUCAUAAAGGGUGCCUUCAAAGAUCACCUUGUCGCAUGGGUUGAAAAAUACCUUGUGCGGAUGCAUGGACAAGCACGAGCUGAUAUCAUGCUCGACGACAUUGAUCGAAGAAUCGCAGCAGCUCCGGCGUUUUCGGGAUUGCGCAGAUUUCCUCAAGGGCGCAACUUCAAACAGUGGACCGGGGACGACUCAAAAGCGCUUAUGAAGGUAUAUGUACCGGCAAUUGAAGGCUAUGUCCCGACAGAGAUCGUUCGCACAUUCCGUGCUCUCCUCAAAUUCUGCCACCUUGUCCGUCGGAACGUCAUCACGGAGACAACUCUCAAAGAGAUCGAUGACGCGGUCGUUCGAUUCCAUCACUACCGCAAAAUCUUCAAGUCUUCUGGGACAAUUCUGACCUUUUCACUCCCUCGACAACAUUCAAUCAAACACUACCACACCCUCAUUCGACUUUUCGGAGCCCCAACCUUAGCGUGA